UUACGUGCAGGAUUUCCGUCCUGUCAUUUGAAAACCGCAGCACGGCCGCGGCUGUGUGAAACUCCUCAAACUAAACAUGGAGAUUAUGAGAAGAACCACAUUUAAAAGGUGAAGGUCACCUGUGUUUAACUCGACUUCAUGGCAAGCCAAGCCUGGCUGGAGUCUUCUCUGCGGCGCUCUGCCAGCCUGGGCCUGGAGGUGCUGCAGCGGGCCUCUAGGCGGAGUGUAGACUGGACGAGCACCAGUGCAUCCCAGACCCCCACAACCACAGAUGAAGACACACAAACACCUGUCGAGGGAAGACACAUAGAGCUUGAUGAUGCCUUUGCAACCAUCGCAGAGUUCAUGGCGCAGACGACCUAUCAGUGCAAAAAGUUUUAUGAGUCUUGCACUGAGCCCAGCGACAAUGAGAGGAAACACGUGUCCAGGUUCCAUACACGACCAGCUGCUGGGACGACAACAACAUCUGCAUUGCCACCGAGGAAACAUGGUCGUGUGUCGGACGCAGGUGAAGACUUCUACAUCGAGGUUUCACCCGGAACGUACGCCAUCACCGCCAGCAUGCCUGAGUCACAUCAGCAGACGCAGCUGGUGAGCAUCAAUGCUGGGGAGAGUGUCGACCUCACCUUUAACCUCUGACCUCUCACCUGACCACCCUUAACCUUCGAUUAUAAAACCGAGCAUUGCUUAAGCUGUGUGUGUGUGUGUUUUAUUGCUUCUUUUAUACCAGUAUCUGCAGUAAGAGUUUACAAUUUAUUUUUAUAUCAAAAUGUUUUAUUUGCUGCACAUUGAGAAGCCAUAUUUUGCUGCAUUUUACCUGAGUGUUUUAUUAUGUAGAUUGUGUGUCGAAAUUCUGCCAUAGAACAUCAUGUACUGCACUUAAUAUUUUUACCUGCACUAAUACCACAUCACUGUAUUAAAAUAAAGUGUUUUUUAAUUAAUA